AUGGAUGAGUCUCAUGGCCUGUGGCUUCAGUCCCACUCUCAAAGACAGGCCAAGACUCUGAACCAGCAGCCUCCCUGGCUUAGAUCCAAGGAACUGCUUAACUUGAAUCGUACUGCCUUAAUCAACAACAAGCCUCCAACAACAGGGUUUGGUCAAAAUUCUGCAAACCUGCUUCGCUUUUUGUCCUCUGAUACAGCAGCAUACACAGCAACGUAUGAUUUUGAAACACUUACUGUUACAGCACCAGACGACCAUAUUUUGCAUGUUGAGUUAAACAGGCCAGAAUGCUACAAUGCUAUGAAUAAAAUGUUUUGGAGGGAAAUGCUUGAUUGUUUCCGAAAGAUUCGUGAUGACAGAUAUUGUAGAGCAGUUAUUUUGUCAGGAUCAGGACAUCUUUUUUCUGCAGGUCUAGACUAUUCUGACAUGCAGGAUUUGACAUCACAAGUUGCAGGAAAAGGUGAUGUAGCUAGGAAAGCUAAGUUUCUAUUAUCAUUGAUUGCAAAGUAUCAAGAAUCUUUCAAUGCGGUAGAAAAUUGUCAAAAACCUGUAAUUGCUGCCAUUCAUGGAAAGUGCAGUGGUGGAGGUGUGGAUCUCAUUUGUGCAUGUGAUAUCAGAUACUGCUCAGAAGAGGCAUUUUUUGAAAUAGAGGAAGUAGAUGUUGGAAUGGCUGCAGAUAUGGGAACAUUACAAAGAUUACCAAAAAUAGUAGGAAAUGACAGCUUGAUCAGAGAAUAUGCUUACAGUUGUGCCAAAAUAGAACCUGCUGAAGCAAAAACUAUCGGCUUGGUAGGAAAAGUUUUUCCCAGCAAGGAGGCAAUGAUGAAUGCUGCUUUAGGCCUUGCUAAGGUAAUAGCUUCGAAAAGUCCUGUUGCUGUACAAGGUACAAAAGUAGCCCUGAAUUUCUCAAGAGAUCAUAGUGUUCAAGAUGGGUUACAAUUUAUGACUUAUUGGAAUAUGACCAUGCUGCAAAGUGAAGAUGUUCUGAAAGCAGCUGAAGCAACUAUCAACAAAGCUGACAAACCUCCUAAGUACUCAAAAUUGUAAAUGUUCAUGAUGAUGGAGUACUUUUUAAGGGCUUCAGGGUUACUGUUUUGCGCCAUUUUCCAAUUUGUUUUAUGUAUUAUCUUAAUUUCUGAUCAUUUGUCAUUAUCUAGCUUUGACAAAAGCAUCACUUGCUAAUGUUUUAAUCGACAUAAGAUUUAGAAAUGACUUUUCAUCAGGAUUUAAUUACAGUGCC